UCUAAGAAUCAUUAUAGCGAUGAUACGUGGCUACCAUAAAAUGUUGUAAUGCUUUUCAAUUAAUAUAUAAGGAAUUAUAUUUUGCAAUGAGAAACCGACACUUUAUAGAUAUCAUCACUUGCCAUAAAUUUUACAAGAAAAUAGACAAUUAUUUUUUUCAAAAAAUUAAACAUAAAAUAAAAGGAUAUAAAUCUAAUAGUUUAUCUUUUACCUUUUUAGAUUAUAUGCUUUUACAUGUUUAGAAAGGAAUCAAGCUGUCAAUUUAGAUUUUGUAAUAGAACUGAAAUCUGACCAUAAACUUGGGUUCUUUUAAGGAAUUCUCAAAUAUUAAUAAUGAGUAUAUAAAUUUAGUCAAUGCUGCCAAAUUUUUUUUUCCCUUUUACUCUGCCAGCCUUUUCUGGUUUUUAAUCUACCAACAAAAUGAAUAAAAAUGUACUAAAAAAAUUAUCAGUAUUAUUAUCAAAAUUUUAUGCUGUACAUAAGAACUUUGUUAGUUAUUAUCCAUGAAAAAUGAGUAAAUAUUAGCGACUGAUCGCAAGUCGCAGAAACAUGCAAAUGAAUAGCGACAUUUUACAAAAAAUAUCAUUAUUAUUAUCAAAUUUUUAUGUUGGACAUAAUUACGUAUGUGCUUAAGCAUAUUAAUUUACCAGAGAAUAGAAGAUAACAUUGCGAUAAUUUUUGGAAAUAUAAAUAAUGAUAAAUCUUAUAGUAUAUAUUAACGAGUAUUUGCAAUACAUAAAAACACGUAUAUAUUAGCGAUUGAUCGCAAGCCGUAGCAACAUGCAAACAAAUAGCGACAUUUCAUAAAAAUAUAUAAUUAUUAUCAUCAAAAUUUAUGCUGGACAUAAUUACGUAUUUGGUUAAGCAUAUCAGGUUGCCAGAGAAUAGAAGAUAACAUUGCAAUAAUGUUUGAAAACAAAAAUAAUAAUAAAUCUUAUAGUAUAUAUUAGUGACUUUUUAGUUAUUAUUUGCAAACCAUGAAAAUGAGUAUAUAAUAAUGACUGAUCGUAAGCUGCGGCGACAUGCAAACGAAUAUGGAAUAUUAUGAAUUAUACAAUAAUAUUCCAUAUUCGUUAUUUGCUUAAGAAAUGUUAAUCUGAAAGACAAAAACCUUAUAAACAAACUUUUGGACAUAACAAUAGAUUAAAUAAUUGUGUUAGCUGCUAUAUUUAUUUAGUCCAAAAUUAUUUUUACAUAUUAUAUAAAACUUAUAUUCUAAAAAAAUAUUGAAGACACUACAAUUUUACAGUGAUAAUUGUUUUUAGUUUUUGCAGUUUUAAGACAAUAUCAACAUUUAACACAAAAAAUCUAAAAUACAUGUGCAUAUUUAUAAAAAUACCGUUUAAAAUCUUUUCCCGCGUAAAAUUGUUGCAAUUUUAUUUUCAAAAAACUGCUAUAUUUAUUUUCAUAAAGUGUCCGUUAAAUAUAGAUAAAUUAGUAAUGAAAAACCGUCAGUUAUUUUCGCUUUGAAAAUGAUAUAUAUCUUUGAUUAGCUAAAUGAUUUUCUUAUAGUUGACAUAAAAUUAUCUAAAUUUUAGUACAAUAAGUUCUGGUGAAAUUAUCAUUUUAUGGACUUGUUUUUUUUUUAUUAAAAACAAAUUAAUUUUAGUUAAAAAAAAAUCUAAAUUAUAAAUGGAAUGAAACUCAAAGAAGAUAUUGAAAACUUUAUAAAUAUCCUUCACACAAGGUUUGUGCCUCUUAAACUCUUAUCAUGACUCUUAAGGUUCUAUUAGUACCCAUUCAUAGUCUAAAUUAAUGCUCAUUAUUUAUAGAGAUACACAUCUAUAUAUAUAUAUCUCUCGUCUGUUUCUCUCUCUCUCUCUCUCUCUCUCUCUUUCUCUCUGUCUCCUGGGUCAAGUGGCUUCUUUGUUUUGAAUUAAGAGGCUGAAGCAACAACAACAACCAAAAGGUCUCAAGAGAUUUCUAGGGUGAGAUCAUCUUCUCUCCUCUGAAAAAUGUAUAACACCAAUAUAGGGAUGUUCCCCACUUUAGUAACAAGCCCUGUGCCUCGUUUCCCCGAAGGAGAGACGUGUUUCGCAUCGCUUAACACUACGUGCAACGACCCGACCGAAGAAGAAAUGGAGAUAGAGGAGCUUGAGAAGAAGAUCUGGAAAGACAAGCAGCGUUUGAAGCAGCUCAAGGAGAUGUCCAAGAACGGGCUAGGUAGAGCAUCGUUGAAGCAGCCUCCUGACGAUGAACAUUCGAGAAAGAGAAUGAUGUACCAGGCACAGGAUGGGAUCUUAAAGUACAUGUCCAAGACAAUGGAGCGUUGCAAAGCUCAAGGCUUCGUGUACGGCGUCGUUUUCCAGAACGGGAAAACAGUAACGGGGUCUUCUGACAAUCUCCGUGGAUGGUGGAGAGACCAAGUGAGGUUUGAUAGGAACGGACCAGCUGCUAUACUGAAGCACCAGAGAGAGAUCAAUCUCUCCGCCACUGAUGGAAAUGAGUUAGGAUACUCUGAGGAUGGAGGAGAAUGUACUGCACAUAAGUUGCUUGAGCUGCAAGAUACAACUCUAGGAGCUCUUUUAUCUGCUCUGAUGCCUAACUGCAAGCCUCCUCAGAGACGUUAUCCCUUGGAGAAAGGCGUGCCGCCGCCUUGGUGGCCGACGGGGAAAGAAGACUGGUGGGGUGAUCUGCCUUUACCCGAUGGUUGUAGAGGACAUCCUCCUGCUUACAGGAAGCCUCAUGGCCUCAAGAAGAUGUGGAAGGUUGGUAUUUUGAUUGGUGUGAUCAGACAUAUGAUGGCUUCAGACAUUAACGACAUAGCGAAGCUGGUGGGACGGUCUACGACUCUGCAGGAGAAGAUGACUUCAAGAGAAGGCUCUUUAUGGCUAGCUGCUUUGAACAGAGAGAAGGCUAUUGCUAGUCAGAGUCAGGAGCAGCCUUUAACCUUCUCAGAAGAAGAUGGAACUGGUGGCGAGACGGAUACUCUAUUCCCUGAACCAGCAGAUUAUGAUGUUGAAGGAAGUGUUGGGCCUCGUCAUCGUCUCAAUCGGCAGUUUCAUGGAUUUGACAACAACAACUUCAAUAGUGUUUAUAACAACAAGAGGAGGUUUGAAGGAGAGUCACUUCAUCCAGGAACGAACCUAACUUGUGAGAACAGUCCCUGUCCUUAUAGCAGACCAGAGAUGGGAUUCAAUGACAGGGUCUUAAGAGAGAAUCACCAAAUGACUUGUCCUUAUAAACAACCCACUGAACCCUUUUACCAACCCGCUGAACCCUUUGGUAUGCCUUAUCCGGAUUAUAACCGGAGUUUUUAUGGAAACAGACCGGAGAGCCAAGUGGGAAUGCAGCAGCAGCAGCAGCAGCAGCAAGUUCAGAGCAUUCCAGACAAUUUUACUCAAUCCAACAAUCUCUACAGACCAAAAGCAGCAGAAAGAGGAGGUAAUACUUCGGUGAUGAAUCAUAAUACCAACAAUGGCUAUGCGCAAACAGUAGGGAUGGAGAACUAUCAUAAGAAUACCAACAAUGGCUAUGCGCAAACAGUAGGGAUGGAGAACUAUCAUAAGAAUACCAACAAUGGCUAUGCGCAAACAGUUGGGAUGGAGAACUAUCAUCAGAAUACCAACAAUGGCUAUGCGCAAACAGUUGGGAUGGAGAACUAUCAUCAGAAUCAAGAUCAAGACUUGUCCAUGCCUUGGAUUCAGUGAAGAUAAAGCUUUAGUUUAUCUUGCUUUCCUUUCUAGCUUUGUUUCUUGCUUCUUCUUUUUUUUUUUGUCAUUGAACCUCAUUUUGGAUCUCUCUUCAUUGAACCAUAAAUAUAUAAAACUAACCAUAUUAAACAAGA